UUUCCUGUUCUUUCCAGUUUUUUAAUAUGCCAUCUGGUGUUGGCGGGGUCUUUAUAAGAAUCGAAAAUUUGAAAUUUUUCUCACUCUUCUUGAAUUUUCAAUUCCAUUCGUUCCUUUUCUUAUGCUCAAGGUCACUCUUCCUUUUUAUCCUCGCUUCAUUUUUACUCGCGUUCAAAAUCUGCCAGCUCACGCCACCGUUUCUUUUCUUUUGUUUUUAUUCAAAUAGCCGCUGCAUGCAUAUUUAA